AUGCUGUGUUUGUGUGAAGAUGACGUAGAUCUAGCGUUUAGCAGGCAGCUGGAUGUUUGAGAUGAUGCUACAGGAGAAUUGGACGAUGUAGAUGAGGGCAGAAAUAAUAGAGAUGGAAAAUAUGAAGACGAGGCUGCUGGAGGAGGCAUAAUUGAUGCAGGCACCACAGUAUUUGCACUUGGGAGGAAAUACAUUUUAUAUAAGAAGUCUAUUCUUAUGGAUUUUGAUAUACAGUUUGGAGCUUUAUUGACCCUACCUUCUAGUGAAAAAGUAAGUGUCACUGCAAUAGAAAUAAAUCUUUGAUCAAGUGCGAUAUUAUAA